AGGUAUCAAUUUACAUUCCUUAGUUCGUUUAUGUAGUUCAGAUCAUCCACAUUACUUAUAAUAUAUUUGCCCCGGUACAAGGUUCUCUGUUCAACAACGAUGGAAGCCUUCCAGUCACUGCUCCUUAAACUCUGCCUGAUAGUACUCUUGUCUUCUUUAACGGUACUAGCUGAUGAGGAGGUCAACGCAAAGGCAUUCUUAGCCCAGUACAACGAAAGAGCUACGAACAAAGCUCAUGACCUAGAAACAGCGAUGUGGAAACACGCCACUGAUAUCACAGAAGAAAACAUGAAAUUACGAACUACAGCAUACUUAAAAUACUCUUCAUUUGAAGUAGAGGCCCGUAAAAAUGCCGGCCAAUUUGAUCUCAGUAAAUUGACAGAGGACACGAAGCGACAAUUCUCGAGGAUAAUGCAGUCAGCUACUCCGAAAGAUACAACCAAGCGACGGGAACUUGCAAACAUCAUUGGACAAAUGGAAGAGAUUUAUAGUUCAGCAAAAGUAUCCCAUCCCCAGAUUGGUACAAAUCUUUCUCUGGUUCCCGAUUUGGUCAAAAUAAUGGCCGAGUCUCGUAACAACCAACACCUCGUUACAGCCUGGCGUGAAUGGCGCCGAGUGACAGGGCCUAAGAUCAGGCCACUUUACAAGAAGUUUGUGGAACUAUCGAACGAAGGAGCCAGAGACAACAACUGGGAAGACACUGGUGAUUGGUGGAGAUCGUGGUAUAGGCCUGGAAGUAUAGGCAAUGAGGUAGGGAAGCUAUGGAUGGAUUUGAAACCCUUGUACAUGGAGUUACAUGCCUUUGUUCGCUACAGGCUACGAAAGCAAUAUCCGGUGGUUUUGGAUAGUGAACCCAUACCUGCUCAUCUUUUGGGAAAUAUGUGGUCUCAGUCCUGGACUGAUAUUUUUGAUUUACUGGAACCUUAUCCUGGUAAAUCAAGUCUAGAUCUGACUGAAAGUCUAAUAAAGAGGAACUACACUGCGAGGAAAAUCGUAGAAUUAGCAGAAUCGUUUUUCGUAUCGAUUGGUUUAGAGAAAUUACCGGAGACCUUCUAUGACGACUCGAUGAUAGAAAGACCUAAAGGACGUGAUGUUGUUUGUCAUCCUUCUGCUUGGGAUUUUUACUUGAACAAUAGCAAAAGCCUACCAGAUGUCAGGAUUAAGCAAUGCAUCAGUAUCACCCACAGUGACAUGGUCACCACCCACCACGAGUUAGGUCAUAUUUACUAUUUCUUGGGUUACUGGAACCAGCCAUUCGUUUAUCGCGAUGGUGCUAAUCCAGCAUUUCACGAGGCUUUAGGUGACACGUUAUCACUAUCUGUAGACAACCCACAGCAUCUUGUCAAGAUUGGUCUCCUCGAUAGCUAUGCAGAAGAUAAAGAGUCAGAAGUGAACGCUCUCAUGAAGACAGCCACCAGAAUUGUGGCUUUUCUUCCCUUUGCAUACCUUGUGGACCAAUGGCGAUGGAAAGUCUUCAACGGUGACAUCAAAGAAUCAGAUUUUAACAAAAAAUGGUGGGAGCUGCGGUUAAUUUACCAGGGCAUCAAACCACCGGUCAGUCGAGAUGAGAGUUUAUUUGAUCCUGGAGCAAAAUAUCAUAUUCCUGCAAACAUUCCAUACCUAAGAUAUUUUCUCAGUACAGUGUUGCAAUUCCAAUUUCACAAAGCAGCUUGUGAGGCAGCAGGAUUUAAAGGUCCUCUUCAUCAAUGUUCUAUCUACGAAUCCAAGGCAGCCGGUGCAAAGAUCAGUGCAAUGUUAAAGUUGGGAAGAAGCAAACCUUGGCCGAAAGCCUUAGAAAUCAUAACAGGUUCUAGUCAACUGGAUGUCGGUCCGCUAAAGGAAUAUUUCAACCCUUUACUUUCUUGGCUCUUUGAACAAAGAUGUAAGAACAAUUACACGAUUGGAUGGGCUGGUGAGAGCGGGCCAGGCUACGACCCUUGCAAUCCACCAUCAUUUCUACCUUCAACUCCCGCUCCCAACUCAAGGUCGAAGGCUUAUGUUACUAACAUCUACGGGAUGACGAUUAUCGUAGCGUCUAUACUAGCACACCUGACCAAGCAAUUCGCUGUUCAAGGAUCUAUUUUUGGACAGCCAUAACAAAACCAGUCUGGUUUAACGUUAAUAUAUGAGUAUACUAUGCCAUGAGACAGUAGCGUAGCGAGAAAGAGGACAGGGCCUAAUUUGCAUAAAUCGACCAACUAGGCGUUUCCAUAUUGAGCAAGGGACUGGGUGCGAGUGUCAAAAACUAAUUAUUAAAAUACACCUCUUGCAUGUGACAUCAAAGGAGCUCAAUUUGGAGGACAAUAUAAAAGAACUUCAAGCUCAUUUGAAUUGGAAACAUUGUUACGUCCUCCAAAUUGAGCUGUAUUCCGACGUGCUGCAAAGGGUCUUACCGUCUAUUGCUUGGUUUCAAUCAGCUGAUAAACGACUUUGAAUGUCAUUAUCUGCUGCAAAUGGUGUUCAGACACUGACCACAAUGUGCUGUCAGCCAGAAGGAAUACUAUGAAAACUUGCUUUAACUGAUGAACAUUCCACACUAGACAGGAAAUAACGUAAAGUGAAACCCAGAAAUUACAGUACUGAGCAUAAAACAAGCUUACUAUAUAGAAACUAUUGUAUGGUGUCCCUCCAAACGUCCUUCUCACAAUUUACAUUCUUUGCAUGUAUUUUUUUGAAAUUUCACAUUGAAUUGAAUUCCGUUGCAAUUUGCACAAAUUUGAUGAAAUUUUCAAAUCCUAACUAUCGUAUUUGCUUUUCCAGUCCCUUUUAAAAGCAUAAAAAAUGUGACAUGUGACAAAAAAAAAAGCAUUAAAAGGAGGCUGGCCAGGCUAGGCCUCACCGU